AAUUAAAUUUGUGUCAAUUGAUUACGACUAUUAUCUUUAUUGAAUUCUCUAUCCCAUUUUCAAAUAUUGUUCUUUCAUCAAAAUAUCAAAACAUAUUGUAUAAACCAUCGAGAAAAUAUUACUCACGCUUCUUCCACAAAAGACACAAUCCUUCCAUCUUGCAUUAAAACAAAGAGCACCAAUUCCAUUCCAUCCAUCCUUAAAAUCUGAACGAUGUCCAACACCUUACGAUUAUAGAAUUCGAAAACCACACAUUACAGAGUUAUGCCAUGUUAAUAAUACAUCAGAAAAGGUGACAAUCAUUCGUCUUGACUACGUUAUCAUUUGAGAUGUUAUCGUAAAAGAGGGGAAGAAAAAGGAAUAUAAUGAAAAUAGAAAAAAGAAAAAACGACGAAGGCGAAAGGAAUCGACAAGUUAUCAGCAAAACUUAUUAAUUAUUAUCGCGACUUAUAUACGGCUGAAAGUAUACGCUUGACACCCUCGCCAGACACGUUGAUCAGUCAUCAUGCAAGCGGAAUACCGGUUGGACAUAUCGAUCAACUUGUCCACGUUUCUCUUGAAGAACGUCGGGGUAUGGAUGUCUCAUGAUCCCGGUGAACAACGCCGGAUGAGAAUGUUGCUCGUCUGCACUGUUUGGAUGUUGUUGCUCGGUAUAGUGAUCAACACUAGAGAUUUGUACUUUACAAUGUUGUAUAACGGCGAUAUUCUUUACGUUGUGACGAAUAACAUAACUUUGAUAAUAAGUUUGGUGAAGAUAUGCAACAUAAUAAUAUAUAAAGGAAAAUUUUUAAAUUUGAUCGUGGACAUGCAAGAAAAUUUUUGGAACGUUGACUACGAUUAUCACGAGAAAGAAAUUCUGGAUGAUUGCAAGAAAAUUUGCAUUUUUUUCAUCUCCUCUGUUACCACCAUCGGCAUAUGCGCCAUAAUAUCCUAUCUGAUGACACCGUUCGUUGCACAAAGUGGAAGCAAUGAAUCGGAGAGAAUGCUUCCGUUCAAUGUAUGGAUAACUUUUCCAGUAACAAGGACACCUUAUUACGAAAUAAUAUUUUUUAUCCAAGCAAUAUGCUUGUAUUACAUUGGAAUCUCCAGCUUUUGCUUCGACAAUAUCUUCUGCAUCAUGGCUGUGCACUUGGCCGGCCAAUUUCGCAUACUUCGGUACAGGCUUACGAAAUUGUGCGAACAGGAGAUAUACGAAAAGGAUUCGACGUUGACGAAACAGAUGCACAAAUUUUACGAGCAAUUUAAGGAAUGCGUCCGACAUCAUCAAGCAUUGAUCGAUUAUCAUCAAAACCUCGAGAACGUGUACACCAUAAUUACGCUUGGACAAGUGUUGGUAUUCAGUGUAUUAAUUUGCCUGUUCGGGUAUCAAGUAUUCGUGGCUACCGCUUCUUUUGCCAGACGCUCCAUUUUCGUAUUUAUGUUAAAUGGCUCCAUGUUUUUGUUAUUCAUGGUCACGUACAGCUGCAACGGUGUGACGGAGCACAGUGACAACGUAGCUAUUGGAGCUUAUUCGGCACUGUGGACGAUCGUGCCGAUGGACAAGUUCGGGAGAAUGCUUCGAAAAGAUCUGAUAAUGGUGAUCAAGCGAUCCAGACGCGUUUGUUGUCUGACCGCGAAUGGAUUUUUCCCCGUAUCGUUGGAAACGUAUACCAAGAUUUUGAGCACAGCUGUGUCGUAUUUCACAUUGCUAAAUAAUCGCAUAGAAAACGCAAAUGGAUUGUAAUUAAUAACAACUCGUUUUUAACAACAUUUUCAUCAACACAAAGUGUCUCGAAUCAAAUGUUGCACAUUCAGGCCCAUUAAACGGAAGAAUAAAAUAAAGGUGGAUAAUUUUCUUGAAAUAGUAAAUAACAUUGUUUCAUCGUUUUAAUCAUUUUAUUUAUCAUAGUAAAUAAUAAGCACUAUCAAACUGCGAAUUCGUAUGCACAUAUUUUAAGAAUGUAAGUAAAAAAGUAGACCAAAUUCAUUUAUUAUACAUCAAUGAACAGUUUUUAAACCAACAUCUUUUUCAAAAAUAAAAAUAUUAAUUUAAUUUAAA